AUGUCUUCCGAGUCCCCCCAGGUGGACAUUCUAUCGUCCCAGCCGGUGUCAGGCGAGCAGAAUUCCACCAAGACUGGUGACGGUGCGAAGAGGAAAGCGGAACAUAACAACGGAACACACACGCGGUCGAAGCGGAAUCGCUACAUCUCCAUUGCCUGUAACGAAUGCAAACGACGCAAAAUCAAGUGCAAUGGUCAAGUCCCCUGUCAACGCUGUGGGCAUCUUAAUCUCGAAUGCCGGUAUGCGCCGAAUUGCUGUAAUAAUAAUUUCAAGGACUCUGAGGAGUUCCGCUCUAUGAAAGACCAAAUCACCACUCUCCAAGAUCAAGUCAACAGCCUCUUCACUAGCCUCAAUGACCUUCGGACGCAAAAAUCUUCUCUGGACUCGCCGGGGUUUGAGAAUUUUUCCCGUGAUGGGUCGCAGUCCGUCUUUACUCCUAUGCAGGUCGGGCUGGCCAAACCACGCAACAGACCCCCUCGGUUCCAUGGCCCUACAAGCUCCGCCUUUAAUUUUGAUGUGGCAAGGUCCAGCCUUCAGAACAUGGGUAUCGCACCAGCAGAGGAAGUAAUAACGGACGACAUCACUACCGCGCAUGGUACACCUAUGGAAUCACCUCAGCUGGCGUCUCUUGCCCCUUCUAUACAUCCUACAAAGGAUCCAAUAUGGGCCAUUAAGCGGGAAGAUGCCUUAAGGCUUUGUCAGGUCUACGAAGAUGAAAUUGGCAUCAUGUAUCCUCUUGUAGACAUUGACAAAGUGACUCAACAGAUUAACUUGCUCUAUACAUUUAUGGAGGCUGCAACACGGACUGGCUUCGCGCAACGAGGGCUUCCAGGAGCAGAUGGUAUUCAUGAUGAAAAUACGAACCUCUUGAAGAUGAUUCUUGCAACAACCCUGAUUGUUGAGGGUGGGGGUCAGAGCGAGCUCGGUCAGCGACUGUAUAUGAGCGUAAAACCCGCCAUCGAAUCCAAACUUUGGGAUUCGGUGAGCAUCAAAACAAUCCAGCUCUUGGGCAUGGUGGCAACCUAUCAUUUCCAUACGGACGAUGAUGCCAUGGCGUACCGCAUCAUUGGUCUAGCUGCACGAAUGUGCCUCGAAAUGGGCCUUCACCGACGAGACGCAUUGGUAAAAACCUUUCCCAAUGAGGAGCAAUGGCCAGAGGUAAUCAAGAUUUUUUGGGCCAUUCACACUCUCGACAGACGUUGGGGCUUUGGAACAGGGCUACCAUUCGUCAUCCAGGACGAAGACAUUGAUCCGAACCUUCCAGAACCGGAUGCAUCACUGCCGUACCUGAGAUGUAUGGUUGCAUAUAACCGCAUCAGUUCUAAGAUUUGGUACUCCGGAUUAGGUUCGGAGGGAGCGACCGACAUACGCCAGGAUGAGAUUGGUUAUUUAGACUAUCAGAUCCUUCAAUGGUACAAGCAGGUGCCAGAUACCUUGAAGUUCUAUCCAGUGGAGUCUCCGAAGCACGGCGAGCCGGCCAGUCGUGGUCUCCGACGAUUACGGGUGCUCUUGUACCUACGCAUGAACCAACUUCGCAUUCUCAUCUACCGCCCGGUCCUUCACUCCGCAGUAAGCAUCGCUGAAGACAAGGGACACGCCCAAACAGUGGUGGGUGUCGCCAAAGAUACGGUCCGCGUACUCACACGACUUAACCAAACCUCCGACAUCUACCGCACGCAACAGAUCACCUUCAAUUAUUUCCUUGUCGCCGCGCUAGCCGUUCUUCUUCUUGCUGUCUGCCACGCACCGGCCGAUUUCAAUCGGCAGGUACGGGACGAGUUCUACAUGGCACUCGAUCUCGUCAGCGGGUUUAGUACGAAGUCAUACGUAUCGAAGCGGUUAUGGAAGACCAUCAAAGGUCUUCGCAAGAUUGGGGAGAGACUGGGCAUGCUGGUUCGUCCCUUUGGGACCGACUCGAACGACCCACAUUCGACAGCAGCGGUGGCCAUGGCCGGUUUGGCCGGCCAUCCCAUGGAGGAUAUCUCGGUUUAUGGGACCAUGAAUGGGGUAGAGUUGGGGAAUAGCCCAUUGAAUGGACUGCAGAUGAGCCAGGAGCUCACCAAUUUGUUCGAGGCCGUGGGGGGCUUUGGCAACUUCAUCGCCCCCGGCACGACACACGAUGGCAUCAAUGGAUUUGUUGGUCACGAGGGGGAGAUCCAGAACACAGGCGAAGGGCUUUCUGGAGUUUUAGGAGAUGAAGGGGAAUUCUCAAGGGUCAUUCGAGAUCUAUUCUAA